CCGCCAAACCGCUUAAAAUCCAAAAUCAAAAUCCCCCAUCUCGGCGGCGAUCCCGCAAAUCGAGCAAACCCCAGCGCCUAACCCAAGCCCACAUCGAAGACGAUGGCGUCCUCCGGGGUCCCCGUCGUCGACAUCCUCGAUGACGACGACGACGACGUCGCCGCGGUCGCAUCCCCUCCCUCCUCCCGCAAGCGCUCCCUCCCCGUCACCACCUCCUCCUCCCCGGACUUCCUCGACGCCUUCUCGCCGUCCCCUCCCCUCCAGAAGCGGCUGCUGCUCGCGGCAUCCGCCAUCGUCCUCGACGACACCCCAUCCCCGCCGAAGCGGCGGCCCUCGUCGGCUCCCGAACCGCCUGUUCUCGUGGUGGACGACGACACGGACCCCUCGCCCGCCCCGUGUUCGCUCGUCCCCGGCGACUAUGUUGAUGAGACUCCCGAUUCUGUCCUCCCAUGCUCCGCCCGCUUUCGUUCUGAUUUCUCCGAGACGCCGGGGUCGGCUGAACCCUGCUCUAUCGACCUCGACAUUGUUGUUGUUGAGACCCCGGGCUUCACUUCCCCGCGCUCGAUUGGGCCACCUGCUGCGCAUGGCUCGUCGUCUGCUGCCCCGGCGCAGAAAUUGUCCGGAGUUUCUUCUCUGAUAUCUCUGGACAGUGAUGAUGAGUCGGAUGACACCAUACACACGGAGUCUUUGACCAAGUUGCCAAGCAAUACAACAGGCACAACCAGCUAUGGUCAACCCCUUUAUGCUGAUUUGCCUCGUGAAGAUUCUACUCUGCCUGGUGCUGAUGUUUGUACUGAGACGUGCAGUCCUUGGGAAGUGAAGAAACGGCAGAAGGAAGAGGAAAAGGAAAAACAACAGGAAGAGAAGAGACUAAAGAAGGAAAUGAAAGCCAAACUAAUUGAAGAAAGAAAGCAAAAACAACAGGAAGAGAAGAGAUUAAAGAAGGAAAUGAAAGCCAAACUGAUUGAAGAAAGAAAGCAAAAUCAACAGGAAAAUAAAAUGCAGAAGGAAGCUAUGAAAGCUCAACUUGCAGAGGAGAAGAAGAAGGAGAAAGAAGUUAUGAAGUGGGAAUCAGGAAAAUUUGCUUUAAAAUGUAUUACAGCUGAGAUUGACUCAAGUAUUGUUGAGAGUGGCUCAGUCGGAGGUCAGCUUCUUUCAAGUUUUGCAGAAAAAGACCUUUCUUAUCGAGUUACUGCUAAUUCAACCAGGGGAUCGAUUUUGUGGAAGAUGAAAGUCCCCGAUGAUAUUGCUCAGAAUCAAGCUGCAGUCUCAGAAGAAGUGCCAUACAUUGUAAUUUUUCUUCAAGCUGAGGAAUUCUGUGAUCUUGUAAGCAGCGAAUUGCUCUUCAAUCACAUCCAAAAAGUCCGUAAUGACUAUCCGAAAUUCACUAUUUGCUACGUCACGAACAAAUUGAUGAGCUACAUCAAUAAACGUGAGCAAAGUCAAUACAAGAACCAAUCAAGCUUUAGUACUUGGAGACGUCCACCGGUGGAAAAGGUUUUAUGCAAACUGGCAACACACUAUGUUAAUGUUCACUCAAGGCAAUGCAUAGAUGAAGCUGAAGUAGCAGAGCAUCUUGUUGGCUUGACGGCGAAUCUUGCAAAAUGCAAAUUUAGGAAACCAUUGACAUGGUUAUCUGUGCAUGCUAACGGUGCGAUUAUCCCUAAAGGUUUCAUUGAUAAGGGUCUUGCUAAGAAGGACACCUGGUUAAAAGCUUUAAUAGCGAUUCCCGGCAUCCAGCCGAGAUAUGCUCUUGCAAUCUGGAAGGAGUACCGCUCUAUGAGAUCCCUUCUGAAUGUAUACAUGGAUCCCAGUAAAACUGUUCUUGAGAAGGAACUUUUGCUUAGCGACUUGAAGUGGGAAGAUCGCCUGGGUAAUGAAGGCAAAAGGUUGGGACAAAAAUGUUCUAGGAGAGUCUACAGAAUCCUCAUGGCACAAAAUGGAGAGUUGGACACAGAUUCUCCCGAAGCUGGUGCUUAGUGCUUAUUUAUCUGGACCUUAGCCAUCAAUGUUUGCAUGUCCUCUCGAUGUGUUGUACGUAUAAUCCUUUUGACCUCAUUAGGCUGUUAUGUGAGUAUUCACUAAUUCACUAUCAGGAAGAAGAUUCACGUUAGCUCAUGUGAUCUCUAAUGCCGAAAGCAUUACCUGCUAUGUUACACAAUGGCACAUGUUGUAUAUUUUGUGUAGCUGUGAAAAGUGAAGCAGUUGAUCUUAUGCUGAACAGAUGAGAUGUCCUGCUAGGAAACUGGAGGAUAGGCCGUAUGUAUCCUAUUCGGUGGGCUUACAGAACUUUAAGCUAUGUGGACAGUAGGGAACCCCAACAAACUUGCAAUUUUUGAAAGUCUAAGAUACUCCAGAUCAGAAAGGCACAAGUUAAAUGCUUGGUACUGAAACCUGAGUUUUCAUAUUAUAUGUGGUCUCCAGCGGGCGUCCUGCAUUUAUCCGU